GUGCGAACAACACAGCAUUUGCUCUCAAUUCGAAUCUGACACUGAAGAACAGCAUGUCUGAGGAAACUAGGCCCGUUUACUUUGCCGUUGGGCCCAAUGUACGAGAGAUCAGCUGCCCUUACUGCAAGGUGUUGGCGAAGACGCGUCUGGUGCGCUCCUGGCUACGUUGCUGCACCAAACGACAUCAUUGUGGCGCCUGUGGGGAAUACCUGGGCGUCUACAGACGCCCCCAACUCUGAGACACUUCUCCAAACAACAUUAUGACAUAUUGCAAGCAAUAAAUAGAUGCUGCUGUUCAUGA